AUGACAAUCAACAGUCCACCAUCUUCACAAUACCAUCCUGAGCUUACCCGGUCUUCACGUCACUUACGCUUUUCAAGUUCAAACGGCCCUGUGAAGAACAAACCUUCAUUCGACUUCGACAUUGGCCGACUACAAUUCCUUUCCAUUGGAACAGAGAUUUAUACGCGGUAAGAACUUUUUAUCUUGUUUUUACAUUAUUUUAGGUACGAAUAAUAUAUAAUUCGAUAAAUUUUUAUUAUUUGCUUUUGAUUUCAGAGCUCCAAUGAAUCGUCUCGUCAACGGUGUUCCUUCAUCUUCAAAGUUCUGUCGCACAUCAUCAUAAGAAGUUCAUCUUCAUCUUGUUCAACAUUCUUCACACUGCAACAUCUCCGGAUUUGUUCCACAUCAAGUUUGCUUGUGAGUUCUUUCAUUUUUUUUGCUUUGAUAUUUAGAAACGACGUCGAAUUUUCAUGAAAUUGCUUUGACACUGGGCACAGCUCGGAAAUUUUACAUCUUUUAUGCCGAGCUGCGCUGCUGUCCUUGCUGAUUUCAUUCUUUUUUUGGUUGAUGUACCCUCAAGAGCCUUCACGCAGAUUAGACAUCGAUUAUAUCUUUUUAUUUGCAGAUUUCGCCGCAUCAACAUGUCAGUUUCGCCUCCAGCUGCCUUCUGCUUCGACACAUCAUCACACUGAACAAUCAUGGAUCACCACGGACGCUGGCUUGCAACAAUGA